CCCCUCGCGAGUUCUGCAGGCCAUGGCGGUGCGGCUGUGUGUGCGGUGCCUCCCUCCGGCGUGGCUCUGCAGGCAAGCCUGGCAGGGCCAAGGCCGGCACUACCGAGCUGCACUCUGCACAGAGUUGAAGCAGCCCCUGACCAUUCAAGAGGUGGCUCCGCGCCCUGUGGGGCCACAGGAGGUCAGAGUUGAUGUUCAUUUCUGUGGCAUUAACUUUGCUGAUAUUUUGGUCUGUCGUGGUCAGUAUCAGGAAAAGCCUCCUCUUCCCUUUAUACCUGGAAUGGAAUUUUCUGGGGCUGUCUUAGAGACAGGAGCAGAUGUCAGUACUGUGAAAAAGGGAGAUCGAGUUAUUGGCGUGAGUAACUUUCAUGCUAUGGCUGAACAGUGCAUCACCGACCAGAAGACCCUGUGGCAGAUUCCAGAAAACAUCUCUUUGCAAGAUGCUGCAGUCCUACCAGUAUCUUACGGCACAGCUAUUUUGGCUAUAGAUCAUCGGGCCCGCAUCCAGCCUGGAGAAACUGUUUUAGUGACAGCAGCUGCCGGAGCCACAGGCCUUGCAGUGAUAGACGUGGCGACAAAUGUGUUCCGUGCCAAGGUCAUAGCUGCAGCUGGAAGUGACGAGAAAUGCAAGCUGGCGAUGCAGAGGGGAGCACAGUUCAGUGUGAACUACAGCCAGGGCAGCCUGAAGGAUGCGGUGAAGAAGCUGGCGGGCAGCGGUGGGGUGAAUGUAGCUGUUGACAUGGUGGGAGGAGAUGUCUUCCUGGAGUCUCUCCGCAGCCUGGCAUGGGAGGGCAGGAUUGUGGUGUUGGGAUUCGCUGGAGGACACAUCGCCUCUGUGCCCAGCAACCUGUUGCUCCUGAAGAACAUCUCUGCCAUGGGCCUGUACUGGGGUCGCUACCAACACCAGGACUUUGCAGUGUUUUCCAAGAGCAUGUCCACAGCCCUGCAGUACUGCCAGCAAGGGCUCAUCCACCCACAUACUGGUGCUGUGUUCAAGCUGGAGAAGAUCAAUGAUGCCUUCCUUCAUGUGAUGCAGCGCAAAUCUACAGGCAAGGUGCUCCUGUCCCUCAAGUAAAUCUUGACCUGGGCCCAAGUCUCAUCUCCGUCCUGCAUUGUAAAGGGCUUGUCCUUAGUGACCUAGGUGCCACGUCUUGGUGUCAGUUCCUUUUGCUUCCACUUUCUUGUUGCCCAUAAUCAGUGUGACCAUAGAAGUUCUUGCCUAAACUCAGCCCUUUCUGUGAGCAAAAGGUACUGUGAGUUCCUUGAGAAGUAGGUACUAUGUCUGACUCACCUACUGAUUUCCUAUACCUUCUACUAUUCAAUUUAACUUAUCUGGAAUCUAAAAUUGUUGGAUUAAAUUAUGAAUAUGUUGCCCCAGAAACAACCCAAAUACCCUUUGACAGGUGAAUGUGCAAAUAUGCACACUUUGCAUAUCUAUUGUAUAAUAUGCAUACAUUGGAACACUUUUAGCCUUAAAGAGGGACAUCAUUCACAGACAUGCUACAAUAUGUAUCAACUUUGAGGCCAUUCUACAUGAAAUAGAACAUAUUAAAAAAAGACAUAUGCUCUGUAAGUCAAUUUAUAUCAGAUUCUAUGACCCAUCAAGUUCAACAAGAGAUAAAGUAGAAUGGUGGUCAUCAGGGGCCUCCUUAGAGGAUACCCUGGAAAAUGUGACUGAUACUCCUUUCAGGGGGAGAUAGGGAGUGACUUAAGGCAUGUGGAGUUUUAGCUCAGGAAGAUGGAAAAUCAGUGGAAAUGGGUGGUAGUCAUGAUCGCCAUAAUGAACUAUUGAAGUAUACACUUUCAAUUGUUUUAAACAAUGUUGAAAUGGUAAAUAGUAUGUAUGUUUUGCCACAAUAAAACAGUUUUUU